AUGAAAAGUAUAAGACUAUUUACCACAUCUUCGAGAAAUUUCAAAUUUCUAAAUACUAUAAAAGAAGUAUCAAAACCACCACAAUCAUCAUCGCUUGAAAUAACAAGACCAAUAGGAUUAUCCAAACCAGUAUUAUUAAAUCAUAAAUUAUCAGAUACUUAUUCCUUAACCAACAUUAUACAAGAAUUAUUUGGGGAUCAAGCAAAAGAAAGAAGACAAAAAAAUUUAGAUUAUGAUUUAAAACAUUCACCAAUAUAUGAAGCAAAAUCUUUUGAAAAUACGAAAGGUAAAAUAUUUAAACCUCCGAUAUCUUGGUUCAAACAAGAUAAAUCUUUGUUCUUUCCUGAUUUCAUUGCAAAGACUUUGAAUGGGAAACAAGAAAGUUUGUAUGAUGUUUUGGGUAAUAAAUAUAGUAUUGUUAGAUUAUUUUCAUCAAUCACUGGAGAUAAAUGUACGAGAUCAUAUUUUGAUUAUGAUGGUAAAGAUUUAUACUCAAAAGAUUAUUCCACUUUUCAAAAACAAUUUCCAAAUUUUCAAAUAAUAAAUAUAAAUAUGCCAACUACUUGGAUAAAAGGAAUUGUAACAAAUCUUUCCUUAUCAAACCUCAAAAAGAUAAUAUCACCAGAUAGAUAUAAUAAAUAUUUCAUACUACCAAUGCAUAUUUUACCUCCAGAUAUAAGAACAAAAUUACAUUGUGAUAAUCAAUGUUCUGGAUAUAUAUAUAUUUUAGAUUCUCAAGGUAGAAUUAGAUGGGCAACUAGUGGUUAUUCAACUCCUGAAGAUUUAGAAUUAAUGUGGAAAGUUGUGAGAGGUUUGGAAAAAGAAGCUUUGAGGAAUGAAAGUGCAUAG